GAAUGCUGCUUAUGCUGCACGUGGCCUACCGGCGCUCACCGCUCGCACUCUCAGUAUUCGCACACACAGGGAGCUGCGGGUGAACGCAAUCAAAGUCGGGGCCAGCCUAGCGUCCAGCAAACAGCAAAGCUAGCAACGCAGCCAACGGGAAAAUUAUACGGAUUGAUUCAGUAUAUUGACGUUGGUCAAAAGGGGAGGCAUAACUGUUCCAUCGUGCGAAACGGCAGCUUGCUUUAACAUUUGCAAUAAUACUUACUUAAGUGACAACCCAGAAAUUUCACUUACCGUCAGAGCGCCAAUUAUGAGCCAUAUAGCGCAGUUCGCCACAGUUCAAGCCCUGAAGCUAGCACCGUUUUUUAUUAGUUUGGUGCUUUAUUUUUCGCUGGUCCGUAAAGAUCCAGAGGGUGAACUAUGGACGACUGUGCUCAAGUGCUUGCCCAUUGUGGCAUUGAUGUUUUAUGUUUUGAUCAAAGGAUUUUCGCUUAAAAAGCAAUAUCGCCGUUCACAAUUAAUUCUGCUUGGCUUAGUGUUUUCAUGUGGCGGCGAUGCUUUGCUCAAUGUUAAUCUCUUUCCCUUCGGCAUGGUCUCCUUUGGCGUGGCGCACAUCUUUUAUAUGAGCGCCUUCGGCUGGCAUCCACUUAAAUGGGUUAUUGGAGUCUGUCUAUAUGUGCCGGUAGUAGUAUUUAUUGUUUUGGUGCACAAAUACUUGGAUGACAUACUCGUGAUUGGGGUACCCAUCUAUUGUGUCCUAAUUAUAACUAUGCUCUGGCGUUCCUUGGCACGAGCUGUGGAUGCGAAGAGCCUUCUGGCCAUCUUAUGUGCAUUUGGCGCUGUGUUGUUUGUCAUAUCGGAUGCGCUGAUUGCAGUAACCAUGUUCUUGAGUGUAGAUCUGCCAUCACCACGGCUGCAAAUCAUGAUUACCUAUUAUGCUGCUCAGUUUGCAAUUGCGUUGAGUACUGCCGAUGAUGGACCUUUGCCGCCAUGUAAGAAUAAAGACAAAUAAUAUUGUCAAUUGCUCAAUUAAUAUCCUUAACGCAACCACCAAAAUAUGUACUUCCAAAAUAGUAGAGUAGUUGUUAAAGCUAUUUAGUUGUGAUACCUAUUGUUUGUUUAAAAUAAAUGUCAAUUUUA